CAUGGCGCCUCGUCCUCCUCCCGGGGAAAUAUUCUUAACGGCAGGAAACGAGGAUAAAGAGACAAUUAGAAGACACAAAGGAAGGAAGACCAAGGAGAAAGACCCAAGAAGUGAUACAAGGCGUCUGAAGUGUGAAGAAGAAGCCAGGACAUCAUUAUCACGCAUAAUAUUGGCAAGACUUGUAAGCCUUGGUGAUGGCGGCCUUCAGGUGCUUCUUCACGAGUGUAUUACGAAGGGCUCCUCCUCCUCCUCGUCGUUUCCAUCAACGGCUAUCAACGCCAGGCUUCUCAACCCACGCAGAUCCAUUGGGGACAAGCGGUGCAAAGAAAAGACUGAGUGAACACCAGAAGGAGGUUAUGAAAAGGGGGCUGCCCAAGCGCUCCAAGAUUUCAAAUGUUGAUAAUGUCAUUGUUGUAGCCUCAGGGAAGGGAGGAGUUGGAAAAUCAACCACUGCAGUAAACUUGGCUCUUGCCUUAGCUGAAGUUGACAACUGUGGGGUUGGUUUACUAGACAUGGAUGUCUUUGGUCCUUCAAUCCCUCGCAUGAUGAACCUCAACGCCUCGCCUGAAGUCGAUCGAAAUCAAAAGCUGUUACCUCUUUCAAAUUAUGGGAUACAAUGCAUGUCAAUGGGGUUCCUGGUGGAGGAGAAGGUGGCGGUGGUGUGGCGAGGACCAAUGGUGAUGUCUGCUGUCCAGAGACUCUUGCUGCACACGGCCUGGGACCCUCUCAAGUACUUGGUGCUAGAUAUGCCCCCAGGAACCGGUGACACCCAGUUAUCCAUUUCUCAGUUGGUUGAGGUUGCAGGGGCCGUCAUAGUUUCUACACCCCAAGACAUUGCUCUUCUUGAUGCUCGUCGAGGAGCAGAAAUGUUCAGGAAAGUUAGCAUACCAGUGUUGGGGCUGGUUGAGAAUAUGAGUGUCUUCUGCUGUCCCAACUGUGGUCAUCAGGAACACAUCUUUGGGGAGGAGGGAGUGCAGAAAAUGGCUCAAGAAUUAGACGUUGACAUUCUUGGUGAGGUUCCACUAAAUUCCUCCAUCAGGCAAGGUGCUGACUGUGGAAAACCUGUCGUGGUUUCACAGCGCAAUAGUCCACAGGCUGCAAGUUACAUUGAGAUAGCAGUUAAAGUUUCUAGAAACAUUGCAAAUAUGGGAGCAAAGUAGCUUGAAACUGAAGUCUAAUCGGCUUGUUAAAAGCUAGUUGAUAAUUGAAAGUUGGCUCCAGUCAGCCUGUCUAUCACACACCCUAGAAACUGGCCUCAGCACAGAACACAGCCAACUUCUUUUAGCUUACCUAGGUCAUGCAAUACUGAUGGUUUCUCCAUCAAUGGACAGUAGAAUGUAAGUGGAUUAGGACUAUGCUGAAAAAGUUUAAAAUGACAAAAUAUGAAUUAGAUGAAUGUAAAGAAAGGAUAGAGUUAUCAAUGUUUAUACUGACUUCUAUUUCAUGCUGAUUUUUAGGGGGGGUUACCAAGCUACUCUAUUACAACAUGACAAAGUUAUAGGCAAGAUGAUUUCAUCAGCUAUUAGUGGCAAAAAUGGAGGGAUGUAUAUAAGCAACUUUUUAUACUGUAUACAAAGUUUUAUGUGACUGACAGUAGCUCUGCAUUGUGGACACACACGCAGAAGCUUGAUAUUUCCAUGAAUAAUGUCAGCAUGGAAUUAAAUAUAUUUACAUUCCCAACUUUGAUUUAUACUCUAUCUCGUUGUUUUUUGUCGAUGUAUACUUUUCUCAACCUAGUCCUAAUCCACUCUCAAAUAUACAGUUAUAUACUACUGUCAAAUGCUGAAAACAUGAAGUCAGUAUUAUGUAAUAAGUGAGUUACAGAGAUGGAAAACUUGUUGUCUGGGGAAGACAGUUUCUAGCUUGUGCAGGAUAGAGGCUGACAAGCUUUUAAAAGCAUUAGAGACUUCAAUUACAGCGAGAUAGUAUGUAUAUCAUUAUCACUUAAAUAAAACCAGCCAAAAUAUAUUUUGAACAGGAUACAAAUUUGACUUUUACAUACCAUGGCAGUCACUAUAAAUAAAAUUUGGACCCACUAAUGGGUUGGAGCAGACAACCAUAGCUCAAGAAAGCCUCCUGGCUCUAUGGGCUGCAGAGAGGGAAAAACGACAAGGCCAGAGUGAGAACAGGUACACAGUGACAGUGUUGAGGAGAGUCAAGGAGACCUGACUACAUGAAUUCAUAUAAAAAGGUGCAAAUCUGGUUCUGGGUUGGAUGUUUCUCCGAGUAUGAACAAGUAUUUUUGUUUUCCACAGUGAUAUUGGAUAUUACUUUACAGGUUCACAAGUGUCUAUUAUUCAUGGAUAAGUGAAUCUGUACAUACAGAAUGGACUUUUAAAAAAAUUCUCUGUGCAUAUCUAUUGACUCUGUGAACAUUCUAGUUCCCUGAAAUAGCCCUGACUACUACAAGACAUGCAGUUUAGAGAUAAGAUGUCAAAGUAGAAACACCAAAGUGGUAUACACAAUGUGAUACAUGUUAUACUUUGCACAACAAAUAUGUAAAUGCCAAGACAUUGUAGUAUCUUUUCUAUACUGAUAUUAUAAAACACAUUUGGUCCCAAGCCCCUCAAAUCCAGAAUGUCCUACUCAACCGCUGCUUGAAAAUUUAUAAAAACUGGUCAUGCUUUGGUUAAGACUUGUUAGCACACCUUCCCUGAAUACAAUGUGGUACAUCACCUUACUACUCCUCCAGUCCUUAGACUUUCCAUACAAAAUAGUAAAAGUAUGAUUCACAAAUAUAAUCUUUUGAGUGCACAGAGCAUCAGGAAAAGCAAGCAGACCUCACUCAGGGGCUGGCAUUCCCAAGCUAAUGCUGGCAGGCUAUUCUGCAUUUGAAAGCACCAGAAUAAAUUUAGUUUUAAAUUUUAUCUAUUUAAGGAAUUCAUUAAUGAUGAAAUGUAAAUACUUAACAAAUAAAAAAUAAAUCCUC